AUGGUGGGCCUCUCGUCAGGGCUGGAGACGCUCUGCGGGCAGGCAAAUGGCGCAAGGCAGCACCACCUCCUCGGGAUCUAUCUACAGCGCUCCCUCCUCAUCAUCUUUACCAUCUCCUUGCCGAUCACGAUCAUGUGGACGCAAGCCGAGAGGGUCCUCGUCUUCCUCGGCCAGGAGCCCGCGCUCUCUAGGCUCGCCGCCCGAUACCUCCUGUGCAUGAUUCCCUCUCUGUGGCUGGCAGCGGCGGGGGAGUGCCUGCGCCGCUACCUCAUGGCCCAGUCCGCCGUGAAGGCGCCGAUGUUCAUCGUCGCGGGCAACACGGCGCUGUCCCCGCUCGUCCACUACCUGUUCAUCUUCAAGAUGGGAUGGGGGCUCUACGGCGGGGCCGCCGCGGUGCUCGUGGCCAACCUCGGGUCCGCGGGGAUGCUCGCGGCGUACGCGAUCUGCUGGCCCGGGUCGCACCGGCGCGCGUGGCCCGGGUUCAGCGCCGACGCCUUCCGCGGGUGGGGGGUGUAUUUGCGGAUCGCGGUGCCCAGCACAGCGAUGCUGGUGUGCGAGUGGUGGGCGUUCGAGUUCGUCCUCCUCGCCGCGGGGCUCCUGGAGGAUCCCGACGUGGCGCUGUCCGCGAUGGGCCUCUGCUUCCAGGUGACGUCGCUGCUCUACAUGGUGCCCCUGGGGCUGGGCGGGGCCAUCUCGACGCGCGUGUCGAACGAGCUCGGGGCGUACCGGCCGCAGCAGGCGCGGAUGGCCGCGCUGGUCUGCGCGGGCCUGAUCGUGCUGAGCCAGGGCAGCAUGUCUGUCAUGGUGAUCGCGCUGCGCCAGUACGUCCCGCGGCUCUUCACGUCCGACCAGCGCGUGAUCGACCUCGCCGCGAAGUGCCUCUUCCCGCUCGGCAUCUCCGUCAUCGGCGACGGCCUCCAGUGCGUGCUCUCCGGGCUCCUGCGCGGCUCCGGGAGGCCCGCGCUCGGUGCUUACAUCAGCCUUGCGACGUACUGGGGGGCGGGGCUGCCGUUCGCGUGGCUGUUCGGGUUCCACUUCGGCAUGGGCGCCGUCGGGCUGUGGGUCGGCCUGGCGUGCACGACCAACCUGCAGGGCCUGGUUGUGUCCGGCGUCGUGGCGUUGGUGAUGGACUGGGAGAGCGAGGCCAAGCGGGCGGCGCGGCUGGUGCGGGAGGCGUCCGUGCACAGCCUCGGGCGGCUCCAGGCGGACGGGAAGACGCUCGGGCAGACGCUGGACGCCGAGCGCGGGCAGCACCCUGCGUGGCGGACCAGCGGGGCGAGCGCGGGGGGGGGUGAUUCGACGAGCCCGACUCGGCGGCCGCUCGAGGUCUGA